AUUUCCAAGCCCUCGUGCUUGCCCUACCCCAUGAUUUCCUUGCCGCUGGAGUCCCACUGUGGAAUUUCUAGGUUGAAGAGCUUCAGCGUUAGUGCAAUCGAGGAUGGGAAUUUCCGGGGACAACGCAGACUUAAGACCGUUGUUUCCACGGCGAACAUUGCAACUUCUAGGAAGCAAGACAGCACUGCACCAAGUUCUGAAAGAAUCGAAGAUGCUGCCACUUAUCUCACCUAUCCUCCAAAAGUUUCUCAUAGCACUACAGCUCCCCUUGUAGAUGCACUAAGAACUUGUGCUAAGGAAGAUGUUGCUUGUUUCCACUUUCCAGGGCAUAACAGAGGGAAAGCUGCCCCUCCAUCUCUAGAGAGCAUUACUGGCAUAUCAACUUUUCUACAUGAUCUUCCCGAGCUUCCGAAGCUCGAUGACCUCUUCUCGCCUAAAGGUGUAAUUCUCGAUGCUCAGAAAAAAGCGGCAGACCUAUUUGGGGCAUUAGAGACAUGGUUCCUUGUUGGAGGCACCACUUGCGGCAUCCAAGCCUCGAUUAUGGCUACAUGUGCGCCUGGCGAGACGCUCAUUCUUCCACGGAACUCGCACAUUUCAGCAACAACCGGUCUAGUUUUGUCUGGUGCUUCUCCAAAGUACAUCAUGCCAGAGUACAGUUCUGAUUGGGAUAUACCUGGUGGAAUAACUCCAUCCCAGGUUAAGCAAGCAAUAGAAGAUCUGGCAGCUGAAAGCAAAACUGCAGCAGCAGUUCUCCUCACUUCACCAACUUACCAUGGAAUCUGUAGUAAUAUAAGUGAGAUUAAAAGUCUUUGUCACUCAUAUGGUAUUCCAGUAAUAGUCGACGAAGCUCACGGCGCUCAUUUUCGUUUUCAUUGUGAUUUCCCAAGCACGGCGCUGCAGCAAGGGGCUGAUCUAGCUGUGCAGUCUACCCACAAGGUCCUAACAUCUCUAACACAGUCAUCAAUGCUUCACCUGUCAGGAAAUCUUAUAGACCGGGAUUCGGUCAGCCGGUGUCUUCAAAUGCUGCAGAGUUCCAGCCCAAACUACCUACUGCUUGCAUCCUUAGAUGCUGCCCGAGCUCAACUUAGUGAGAAUCCAAAUACAAUUUUUAACUCAAGCUUGAAUUUGGCCAUCAAAGCCAAGAAAGAACUAGGAAAGAUCUCUGGCAUCUCAGUUCUAGAUUUAUCUUGUUUCUCUUCACCCUUUCCUGCGAUCGACUCGCUUCGAAUCACGGUUGGAGUGUCUAAGCUUGGCAUUUCUGGCUAUAGAGCAGAUGAUAUACUGUGUGAUGAACUGAAAAUCAUAUCUGAAUUGGUAGGUUGCAAGUCUGUAACUUUUGCUGUCAAUCUAGGGACAACAAAGGAGCAGAUUCAGAUUCUUUUAUCUGGACUUAGGCAUCUUUCAUCAGUUUUUUAUGGAGCAAAGGGGUUAGAAUACAGCAAGAGGACUAGAAUUUCUGCGCCAUUCACUGAUAUCAUUAUUGGAUUGUCUCCUAGAGAUGCUUUCUUUUCUAAGAAGAGGAAGGUAGUAAUGGAAGAGAGCAUUGGGAAGAUAUGUGGAGAGUUGAUAUCGCCAUACCCGCCCGGCAUUCCCGUUCUGGUGCCCGGCGAAGUUGUAACCAAAGAAGCCAUCUUCUAUAUCCUUGAAAUGAAGAAGAUGGGGGCUGCUAUCAGCGGGGCAGCUGAUCAUGAACUGUCUUUGCUAACUAUAUGUGAUUUGUGAUGAGUUGAAUAAUUCUUACAAAUCUAAUUGUUUUGAGGAAUUGCAUUUCUACCAUUUUUGGGAAAGAUUCUAUGUGUUGAGCCUUCUCUAAAUUGUAUAUUUGGAGGGAUCAUUAUGAUCCAA